AUGAUAUUGGGCCCGUCGAUCAUCAACGCCGAACGGAUGUCAAUCGUGCGGUACUCGGAGGGCCUGUACACCGACGACGCGGCCAUAUUGAGCGCCGCCUCGAAGCAGAGGUACUACAAAGACAUCUUCGCCCACUUCAAGAACCUCGACGUCACCACCUAUUUAGCACUCAUCACAUCCACGUUAUCCGUGGCGCUCGUCCUGUCCCUCGGCUUAAGAGUCACUUAUUUCAGAGCAUUUUGGAUGGUUUUGAAGGCUUUCUGCUAUAAACCGAUUGAUAAAUACCUGAGUCUAUCGAUGGAGACAUUCGUGUUAAUCAUAUACUCGAUUCUGAUGGUUAUGUUCUGGAUUGACAUCAACAAAGUGAUCGGCGCUUAUAUGAUCACCAAUCAGGCCGAGGAUGUGAUCGACUCGCUUGAAGAUAUCAUCGAAAAUGUAGACAUUAUUCCCAGUGUUAAUAAAGGGAGCGCUUUUACUUACUAUUUCAAUAACCAAAACGAUACGAUGGAAAGGGAGAUCUGGAGGCGAAUUGUUGACCACAAUAAUCAGGCCUUCUUUAGACGAAACUCAGUAAAAGAUGUGGUCUGUUAUUUAGAGGACAAAUGUGUGAUUGAAGUGAAAACCCGAAAGCUGUGCAAAAAGUGUCGCUUAGAAAAGUGCCUUGCUGCUGGAAUGAGAAAGGAAUUCAUACAAAACAAAGAGCAGAAGGAAUUGAGAAGAAUUACAAUCGAAGAAAACAAGCGAAAGAAAGCCGACCGACGGGACAGUAAUGACAAUAAGAUACAGGAGUCGGUCAGUAGUGGUGACUCCCGAGACUCCAUGCGAUUUGACUCGCAAUUCAAAUGCGAGAAAGUGUUUGAACUAAACAGAAACGUGCAAAAAGAUAUCCUGACACUAAACCAGUGCAUUGCGAAUCAAAUGAAUCACUCGGUUAUGGACGCGAACCAGAAUUUCUUGCUAUAUUUAUUCACACCACUCAUGAGACCUAUUAAUACCUAUAACGACUGGAAUGAGAUUGAAUGCAAGCGACUGUCCGAUCUGUAUCUGGCGUCCAAUCUCUUCAGAUACCCGUCCACUGAACACCACUUUGAGGCCAAGGAUAUCAUGCAUUACUAUAAGAUGUGGGGAAAUAGGCUAGAAGUGGACGUACAGGAUAUUGUCAAAUAUACCAAAGACGUGACUAAGCUUGUGGACAUUUGCGAGGAUGAUAAACUAACCUUGAUUAAACAGGGCUGUAUGGAGAUCAUAGCGAUAAGGGCUAUUUAUUGCUGGGACAGUCAGUCUGAAAAGUGGACUAUAUUUAUGGACAACAGCAACUCAUUUGUAAUACCAUUAGAUUUGCUGAGGAAUGAGAAAAGAAAUCUUUACAAUACCUAUAAGUCUUACUUCAGGAAAAUACUUCCCGAAUGGAACUGGGAUUCAGUUAUUCUCGAUUUGCUGACAGCUAUCGUACUGUUUAAUCCAAACCGUUUAAAUCUGGUCAACAGAGAUGCCAUUAAAUAUCAGCAGCAAAUGUACAUUCAUUUACUUCAGCGAUACCUAAUGUUGAGGUUUCGAUGGGAAUGGCAGUGGAAGUCCAAGAUGUCUAACCUUAUGAGCGCUUUGAUUGAUUUACAACUUGUCAGUCAAAUCGAGAUUCAAAACGGCAUCGAAGAGCGAAACUCAGUCAAAGAUGUGAUAUUGAAAUGUAAUUUUGAAGGCAAAUGUGUGAUUGAAGUGAAAACCCGUAAGCUGUGCAAAAAAUGUCGCUUAGAAAAGUGCCUUGCUGCUGGAAUGAGAAAGGAAUUCAUACAAAACAAAGAGCAGAAGGAAUUGAGAAGAAUUACAAUCGAAGAAAACAAGCGAAAGAAAGCCGACCGACGGGACAGUAAUGACAAUAAGAUACAGGAGUCGGUCAGUAGUGGCGACUCCCGAGACUCCGUGCGAUUUGACCCGCAAUUCAAAUGCGAUAAAGUGUUUGAACUGAACAGAAACGUGCAAAAAGAUAUCCUGACAUUAAACCAGUGCAUCUCGAGUCACAUGAAUAACUCGGUUAUGGACGCGAACCAGAAUUUCUUGCUAUACUUAUUCACACCACUCAUGAGACCUAUUAAUACCUAUAAUGACUGGAAUGAGAUUGAAUGCAAGCGACUGUCCGAUCUGUAUCUGGCUUCCAAUCUCUUCAGAUACCCGUCCACUGAACACCACUUUGAGGCCAAGGAUAUCAUGCAUUACUAUAAGAUGUGGGGAAAUAGGCUGGAAGUGGACGUACAGGAUAUUGUCAAAUAUACCAAAAACGUGACUAAGCUUGUGGACAUUUGCGAGGAUGAUAAACUAACCUUGAUUAAACAGGGCUGUAUGGAGAUUAUAGCGAUAAGGGCUAUUUAUUGCUGGGACAGACAACAGCAACUCAUUUGUAAUACCAUUAGAUUUGCUGAGGAAUAUAAUGACAAUAAGAUACAGGAGUCGGUCAGUAGUGGCGACUCCCGAGACUCCGUGCGAUUUGACUCGCAAUUCAAAUGCGAUAAAGUGUUUGAACUGAACAGAAACGUGCAAAAAGAUAUCCUGACACUAAACCAGUGCAUUACGAGUCACAUGAAUCACUCGGUUAUGGACGCGAACCAGAAUUUCUUGCUAUACUUAUUCACACCACUCAUGAGACCUAUUAAUACCUAUAACGACUGGAAUGAGAUUGAAUGCAAACGGCUGUCCGACUUGUGUCUCGCUUCAAAUCUCUUCAGAUACCCGUUCACUGAACACCACUUUGAGGCCAAGGAUAUCACCCAUUACUAUCAGAUGUGGGGUAAUAGACUGGAAGUGGACGCACAGAAUAUUGUCAAAUAUACCAAAGACAUGACUAAGCUUAUAGGCGUAUGCGAGGAUGAUAAGCUAACCUUGAUCAAACAGGGCUGUAUGGAGAUUAUAUUGUUAAGGGCUAACUAUUGUUGGGACAGUCAGGCUGAAAAGUGGACUAUAUUUCUGGACAACAGCAACUCAUUUGUAAUACCAUUAGAUUUGCUGAGGAAUGAGAAAAGAAAUCUUUACAAUACCUAUAAGUCUUACUUCAGGAAAAUACUUCCCGAAUGGAACUGGGAUUCAGUUAUUCUCGAUCUGUUGACAGCUAUCGUACUGUUUAAUCCAAAUCGUCUAAAUCUGGUCAACAAGGAUGCCGUUAAAUUUCAGCAGCAAAUGUAUAUCCAUUUACUUCAGCGAUACCUAAUGUUGAGGUUUCGAUGGGAAUGGCAGUGGAAGUCCAAGAUGUCUAACCUUAUGAACGCAUUGAUUGAUUUACAACUUGUCAGUCAAAUCGAGAUUCAAAACGGCAUCGAAGAAUAUCAGCAGCAAAUGUACAUUCAUUUACUUCAGCGAUACCUAAUGUUGAGGUUUCGGUGGGAAUGGCAGUGGAAGUCCAAGAUGUCUAACCUUAUGAACGCAUUGAUUGAUUUACAACUUGUCAGUCAAAUCGAGAUUCAAAACGGCAUCGAAGAGUAUAUUCAGUAUUUUGGACCUAUUUUUAGGGAAAUUCUUGAGUAA